AUGGGUUUCUCCAAAAGAGCUGGCAGCGUGCCAUCGUUUUCACACCCGGAAAUCAGGAUGCUUCUACAUUACACUCGGUCGAUUUCCCCUGUGAUCAUCGUCGUCGUCUUCCUUAUCGCAUUCGUAUCACGUUCUGUCAUAUCGGCCAGGAGAAUACCUGCCCACCCUCCCGCCAUUCGGACAGGACCUGGUGGUCGACCGUUGCCGACGCGUAUGAGGAGCACUGCUGUGUUCGCUCCUCCUGUGUCCGAUUUCUCACCAAAUGCUAAAUUGACGUUCAGGUGGCUGUCGGUGGGUGUUUUGCUUACAUUUGUCGCUGAUGCAGCUAUUACGAUGACCCACGUCAUCAUGUAUCGGCAAAUGCACUGGUGGUGUGGUCAAUCCAGAGUGAUUUAUAUCGUCUCUUCCUUUUUCGCAUACACCGUCAUCCUAAUCUCACUCUUGGAUACAACACCCUCACCGACUUAUGCACAACUACUUCCUUGGGCAGUUGCCAUACCACUAGAAUUGAUAAUUUUGGGCGGUUGCCUGGCCCUUUACACUUCUCCUCACCAUGAACCAAUUGUCGGAGAUCCUGCUGGCGGCCCGCUGAGAAAUAUCAUGACGUCCUGGGAAACAGUGGAAGUAAUCAUUGCUGUAGUGAGGCUCCUUACUUUGCUUGGGAUUGUGAUUUUCUAUACCUUAAGUUCCGUCGGAUGGAGGAGCUGUCGUCACAAGGAUGCUACUGCACGCUUCGCUUCCGGGGAAGCUUCAGAGACCACAAGGUUGUUAAAUGGCCAUCGCAGCGGAAUAAACGGCGAUAACUACGGGUCAUCCUCUCCAAACCGAAAAAGAGAUCCGGAUUUCAAACCAGAGGACGCUUGGGUUCGACCAACUACUGUACCUUCAACCAGCUGGUGGGAAUAUAUAAGCGGUUAUUCCUUAUUCUUUCCUUAUCUCUGGCCUUCCAAAUCUCGGCGACUGCAACUCAUCGUUGUCGCUUGCUUUUUCUUGGUCGUUUUCCAACUUGUCAUUAAUGUUCUGGUUCCCAUUCAAAUUGGUAGAAUCACCAAUGUUCUCUCGGGAGAUACUGGAGAAGAAUUCUACAUUCCAUGGCGUGGAAUUUGCGUUUAUGUCCUCUUCCGUUGGCUUCAGGGAAGUCAGGGCUUAAUCGGUUCUUUGCGUUCCUUUUUAUGGAUUCCUGUCGGACAGUAUUCAUACAUGGAACUUUCAACCGCUGCUUUUGAACAUGUUCAUAGCCUUAGUCUCGAUUUCCACCUGGGCAAAAAGACCGGCGAAGUGUUGUCAGCUCUAAGCAAAGGCAAUUCUAUCAACACGUUCCUAGAACAGUUCACGUUCCAGGUUGUACCAAUGCUGAUCGACCUCUGCGUUGCGGUGGGUUAUUUCUGGAUCGUUUUCGACGUAUACUAUGCCCUGGUAGUUGCUAUCGUUACAUUCAUUUACCUCUACGUGACGAUUCGCAUGGCACAAUGGAGAGCUGCGAUCCGCCGUCAGAUGGUCAAUGCUAGCAGACAAGAAGAUGCUGUGAAAAACGAUUCGAUGGUGUCUUACGAAACCGUGAAAUAUUUCAACGCAGAGCAGUACGAGUUUGGUCGGUAUCGUGGAGCUGUUACCGAUUUCCAAAAGGCCGAGUAUCAUGUCUUAUUUUCGCUGACAUUAAUGAAUACGUGCCAGAAUACUGUUUUCAUGCUUGGGCUGCUGAUAACAUGUUUCCUCGCUGCCUAUCAAGUUGCAACCGGCGAACAGAAGGUCGGGAAGUUCGUUAGUUUAUUGACAUACAUGGCCCAGCUGCAAGGGCCACUUAACUUUUUUGGGACGUUUUUCCGCUCUAUUCAGUCGGCCAUGAUAAAUUCGGAGCGGAUGUUGGAACUGUUCCGGGAACAGCCAACUGUCAUUGAUGGACCCAACACACGCGAACUUCCACGCUGUGAUGGCGAGAUUACCUUCGAAAAUGUGAAGUUUGCGUACGAUACCCGAAAACCCGCAUUGAACGGCCUGAGUUUCCGUUGUCGCCCUGGAACAACCACUGCCCUAGUUGGCGAGUCUGGAGGGGGAAAAUCGACUGUUUUCCGCCUUCUAUUCAGAUUCUACAAUUCUUCGUCGGGUCAUAUCCUCAUUGACGGACGCAAAGUUGAGAAUCUAACUAUUGAUUCAGUUCGUCGACAUAUUGGUGUUGUCCCUCAAGAUACCGUUCUUUUCAAUGAAACAUUAAUGUAUAAUCUCAAGUACGCAAAUCCGUCUGCUACGGACGAGGAAGUUUAUGCGGCGUGCCGGGCCGCGAGUAUCCAUGAUAAAAUUCUCGCCUUCCCUGACGGCUAUCAAACUAAGGUGGGCGAGCGAGGCCUGCGUUUGAGUGGUGGGGAGAAACAGCGUGUGGCUAUUGCACGCACUAUUAUCAAAGAUCCCCGGAUAAUUCUCCUCGACGAAGCCACUGCUGCCUUGGACACGGAAACGGAAGAACACAUCCAAGGGGCGCUGUCCACAUUGUCUAAGGGUCGCACGAUGCUUGUUAUUGCACAUCGCCUGAGCACAAUAACGACAGCAGACCAAAUUCUCGUGCUACAUAACGGGCAAGUUGCCGAACACGGAACCCAUGAACAGCUUCUUAGCCUGAAGGGAAGAUACGCGAGUAUGUGGCGAAAACAGAUUCGUGCCCAGAGAGCAGCUGCAGAGGCGCAGGUGUUACAAGACCGUGCUCAACGUUUACGCAGCGCGUCUACAGCUGGGGGCGAUGACAGCUCUAGUCAAUCAGAUGAGGAGAGAAAUGGCAUGAGUUCGAGAUUAGAAAGAUCUUCACUCAGUUAACGGACAGUUAUACUCGGUAGGCAUCACAUCGUGAAAUAUACCCGGAGAUAGCAAACCAGCGUUUAGGAUGUAAAAAUCCAUAUUACUGCUGGCGGGAAUUGUUGAACAGAACAGAGUAAUAUAAUUAAGCAAGGGGGGGAAAAAGGAGAGAGGAAAGAAAUUUGUUCAGUCAAGGACUUGUGGAACAGCGAUUGUGAAAUCUUUGACUGGCGUUAGGUUGUUCGGCAGGGCGUCGUUGGUAAGCCGUGCUCCUUGUAUUCUUUUCUUUUUGUUUACGAAUCACAUUUGAAAGUGAUUUCAUAGUAUCCUCUGCUACUCAUAGUGUGUUUUUGGCCCUCAGCUUUAUCAAGUCCAUUAUGCUUCGGGGCAGGACAGUGGUAUAAGGAACCUAAUAAUUACCCUUCUUCAAAAGGAAACAGAAUCCUCCGGAGCCGGAUAUUUUUACUUCUGUGGCCGGAAUAUAGUAGACCAGCAUAGAUGUGAUAGCUAGACACCUCGAUACGAAGCAAUUUGUUCAUUUCAAGUUGGC